AUGAAGUCAGCCGGUCUCCCUUCAGCGCUGGCCCUUGCCCUGGUCGGGCUCUCCGCCGCUCACCCUCAUGGCACUAGAGAUGUCAAGGGUACGAUUGCCUCUUUCGCUUCGAACACGACCCUCAAUGGCAUUGCUUAUGCACCCUACACCGCAAGUGGACAGUGUAAAACAGCUGGGCAGAUUGAUGCCGAUUUUGCAGAACUGAAGGGGAAAUACUCGGUGGUCCGCACCUACGGCACCGAUUGCAACCAGAUUGCCAAUGCUCUUCCUGCGGCAAAGAAGGCCGGCGUGAAACUCUUCUUGGGCAUCUUUGAUGUUAGCUCGAUCCCAACCCAGGUCGCAACCAUUGUCUCAGCCGUCAGUAGUGACUGGUCCCUGAUCGACACUGUCAGUGUCGGUAAUGAAUUAGUCAACAAUGGCAAGGCCACAGCGCAGCAAAUGGUCACCGCCGUAGGCCAGACACGCCAGCUUCUCCGCGCUGCCGGUUACACCGGACCUGUUGUCACUGUCGACACCUUCGUGGCGGUCCUUGCCAACCCCUCGCUUUGCGAUGCGUCGGAUUACUGCGCAAUGAACAUCCAUCCAUUUUUCGACAGUAACACAGCAGCAGAGAAUGCAGGCUCUUUCAUUACGGGGAUGGUCGGCCAGGUUCAGGCCCAGCUCUCUGACAGAAAUAAGCGCAUUGUCUGCACGGAGACUGGGUGGCCGUGGAAGGGAAACGCCAACGGUGCUGCCGUACCUGGUCUUGAGGAGCAGCAGCUGGCAGUCGACUCGAUAAAGAAGGCAUAUGCAAGCCAUCCGAGCGAUGUCAUUCUCUUUUCAGCCUUCAACGAUCUCUGGAAACACGCCGAGGCAGCAACUUUCAAUGCCGAGCAGUACUGGGGUAUUGGAGCUCUGUACUCGGAUUCUGGCAAAUGA